AUGCUGUCCACACAAAGUACAGCUGCAUUGCCGCCUAUAAAGAAAUGUUCGUUGCACAACACAACUUGUCUAACAACUCAGGCUGGUAUUUUAAAGAGUUAUUUGAUCAAUGGUAUUCCUGAAUUAGGCAUAGAGUGUCUACACAAAAUGCGGAUUGACGAUGUAAAUGUGAAGAAGAUGGGUCUAAUAUACACUAUGAAGAAUGUAGAGGUAGAGGGUUUAAAAGAUGCAGUUAUUGAUAAUCUAAGUGUCGAUAUGGACUUACAAACGAUGAGAUUGUCAAUGCAGACAUCUUUCAUAAUAAAUAGCGACUAUACCGCAGAUGGGGUGCUGUUAACGUUGCCAGUUAAUGGAGACAAUAAAUCCACAAUCAGAAUUAAUGAUAUCAAGCUUGAAUUGCUAAUUUUGUUUGACAUUGUGCAAAAUGACGAGGGACAUAAAAUCAUGCAAUUGACAAGAUAUAAUUACGGGUUCGAUGUCAUUGGCAAUACACAUUAUUAUUACAAGAAUGUAUAUGACAAUGAUGAGAAGAAAGGCAAAAAACUUCACUCGUUCCUCAACGAGUAUUGGAGGACAAUGACGCAUACAUACGGGGAUACCAUCGUUGGAAAUAUUGCUGAUAAAAUAUUUAAUGUUCUCGAGCUUUAUAUGGCUUCACAAAACCUAAAUGACAUUGCAACGUACUAAAUGACGAUAUAAUGUUAUCUUUGAUACUUGGGAAUUGUGAUAUUUCUAAGCAAUAUAAUAGCUAUACGUAUUAAAUAAAAUGCACCUUAAAUUCUACGCAGUAGCUCAAGGGUUUUAACUAGGGUAGGUAUAUAAACAAAUUGUACAAAAUAGAAAUUCCUUCUCCAAUACAAGUUUGUGAUGAGCUCUCCGGGUAGGCAGUGCAUUAUUGUGUCUAUAAAGUGCAUGCCACUGGUUGCAUUCUUUAUUGUAGAUCGAGAGUCUGUCUUAGCCAGACAUACUUCAUGUUAUGAAAGCUGAACGUUUGUCAGUUUGAUCAUUAUUAACCAAUAUUCGGCUCACUGCUGAGCUCGAGUCUCCACUCAAAAUGAGAGGGGUUAGACCAAUAGUCCACCACGCUAGCCCAAUGCGGAUUGGCAGACUUCACACACGCAGAGAAUUAAGAAAAUUCUCUGGUAUGCAGUUUUCUCACGAUGUUUACCUUCAAAGUUUGAGACACGUGAUAUUUAUAUUUUAAAAUGCACACAACUAAAGUUGGUGAUGCAUGCCGCUGACCGGAUUCGAACCUACACCCCCCGGAAUCGGAGGCAGGGGUCAUAUCCGCUGGGCUAUCACGGCUCUAUCUCUCAAAUCCUUUGGCAGGGGAAUGAGAAUAUUAGUCAUAUUUAAAAAAAAAAAAUAAGUAUGGUAAAUAUUCUUAAAAAUAAUCUUUCAGUCUUUAUAAAAUGAGGCAUGUCUGGCUAUCGCUAGCUGUGGUCAAUUGUUAAUUUGUUCUUUAAUAAUUAAGUACUUGGUAAAGGUAAUGUUAUUUUAUUACUUAGUUCAAUUACUCCAUAUUAAAUACGUUAAUAAUGAAAUAAUUUUUAAAACUACAAUAAACUUGGAAUAAAUUAAUGUAUAAUUUAUAUUUUAAUAACUUUGGAAAUAAUAAAAUGCU